CGCAAGUCUUUGCAACUUUGACCGUGACCCCAGAAACGAGGGGGACUGCUGGUGGUUCAUGACAGUCUCCAAAAGCCACCCCUAGUCGUAGACCGAUCGUCAGCAGCAUGUUCUACCAGCUCUCGCAGAACGCCUCGAAGGGCAAGACCAUGGCCGUCAUCAUCCCCACCUUGAUUGGCGCGGCAUACGGCACUUUCGCCUUCUUCCGCUACACUGGCCCGGAUCUCGGCGGUGCCGUGCGCGGCGAGCCCAAGACUACGUCGGCUGAGUGGCAGGCUGCUUCUGUGGAGUACGGCAAGGCCCAGAAGGCCAACCCCAUCCGCCACUUCAAGGACUAAGUACAGAUCAGCAGUCGAGCCGUGCGGCCCUCCUCCUCCUGUAAUUAUUGGCCGCGGCGGGGUGGAGCGAGCGGCUGACUACAAGGGGGGGGACGUCAGGCCGAACAAAGCAGACGCGUUGAUACCCCCUCGUCUUCCGCACGUCAACACUCAUGAAUAAAAAACACAAGAAAAAAAAAUCAACAAUCUUCCCCGCGGAAGCAA